GCUGGACAUUCUGUACAACAAGGACAAUAGUUUUGACGCUAUAAGUAAACGGGAGAAGGCAGAGAAGAUCAAGAAAAACGAGAGCCGUGCCAAGAAAACGCAAGAUCUAAAGAAAGAGUUCAAACUGCGAGAGGGUUUAACUAAUAAAGAUGGGGACUCAAACUGAACAUUUCAUAGUAAACAAGGAUCUCUUCUCAGGAUACACAAUUGACACUAAAAAGCAAUCCUUCACCAGUGCAGAGGAGUAUGAUUCCCACCUGGAAAAAGCCUUGCCACGUUGGCAGGCUGAUGGCGUGAGGGGAUUGUGGGCAAAGAUCAGCUUGGAACACUCUCACCUCACACCUGUCUUUGCAAAGCAUGGUUUAGAUUUCCACCAUGCGCAGCCUGGCUAUGUCAUGAUGACAAAAUGGCUUCCCACGGAUGAACCAAACUCUAUACCAGAGUAUGCCAACCAAUAUCUAGGUUGUGCAGGCUUCACCGUCAAUGACAAAAAUCAGUUGCUGGUUAUUCAGGAGAAGCGUGGGCCUGCUGCCUUUGGGCAACAUUGGAAACUCCCUGGGGGACAUGCAGACAAAAAUGAGAUGUUGGGUGAAGCAGCAAGGCGCGAAGUGCUAGAAGAAACAGGGAUAGACACAGAAUUUUUAGGCAUCAUCUGCUUCCGUCACAUGCUCAACUAUCGCUAUGGGUGUUCAGACUUCUACUAUAUCUGCCUUAUGCGCCCUGUCAACGCAGAGCAGCCCAUCAAAAAAUGUGAGCAAGAGAUUGCUGCAUGCAAAUGGAUGGAUGUGGACGAGUUUAUCAGAGACCCAAACACUACAAGCGCCAACAAUUUCUUUGCGGAGUGCUACAAGCGUGCAUUUAAAGAUGGGAUCCUUAUUACACCAUCAGAUGUUGCCUCGCAUGACAAGAAGACCAAUCACAGUGUAUAUUCUGUCAGUAGUAUUGAACAAUUAAACAAAAGCAUGUGAUUUGCCGUAAUGCAGUACACCCCCGAGUCCUAAGUCAUUUAUAAAUCCUUUGUAAAAAGGGCCAAGGCUCUUGUUAAUUGAAAUGGGGCUCUUUUGCAAUAGUUAUCUUUAUGUACAACAUCUGAAAAUAACAUUAAAUCUUACACCAGCGGAGUGGUAAGCAUUAAGUAUUGCACUUGUCUGUAUGUCUGUACAUCAAGGAGCUUGUUGUUUUUAUCUCUACUUUUAUUACUAAGUGGAUCUUGCUCAGUUAACUGACCUUUAUGUGUAGAUGGUGUUAUAUAACAAAAAAUUAAGUGCAACGAGUUUUGGCAGAGUUACAGUCCUGAAAUGUUGUUUUCAACUCCUCUUCAAAAACUGGACAGAUCUUGCUAAAACUUGUCUGCUGAAUGACCUUAAAUGUGUAACUGAUUGUUAAGAAAGGAAAUUUGGCUGAGAUGUGAGACAAGCUAUUGCAGAAUUACUACCCUUGGUCUGUUUUUUGUUUUACUUUUGCUGAAGAAUCCAACUUCUCAUUAACGGCUGGGUUGAUCUUACUCUUACUAUUACAGUUGAAUGACCUUUUUUAAGAGUUGAUAAUCAUUAAGGAAUUAUUGCUUCGACAGAUUUAGGCAGAAUUUUUGCAUAUUGUCUUAGUGACCACAUUUUAAGGCCACCUGAGCACAAUGUGGGUGGGGCAUUAUUUUUUCUUAUAUGGCUAUAGUAAAACAUUGUGUAAACUCUUAAGUCAAAUUUAUUGUCCAAUCUUCAUGAAACUUGGUCAAAAGAUUUGCCCCAAUUAUGUCUUGUUUGAGUUCGAAAAUUGUUCAAGUUGCUUAAAAACAUUGCAGCCAGGGAGCAGGGCAUUUGUCCUUAUAUGGCUAUAGAAAAACCUUGUAAACACUCAAGAGGCCACAUUUAUUGUUCGAUCAUUAUGAAACUUGGUCAGAAGAUUUGUUCCUUUGAUAUCUUGGACAAGUUCGAAAAUGGUUCCGGUUGGUUGUAAAACAUGGCAAACAGGGGGCAGGGCAUUUUGCUUAUAUGGCUAUAGUAAACUUAUUAACACUCUUCAAGUCACAUUUAUUGUCCAAUUUUCAUGAAACUUGGUCAGAAUAUUUUUUUAAUGAUAUCUUGAACGAGUUUGAAAAUCAGUUGAAAAACAUGGCCAGCAGGGGGGGGGGGGGGGGCAGGAAAUGUAUCCUUUUGUGUCUGUAUUAAAACCUUGUUCGCACUCUUUUAGCUACAUUUAUAGUUCACUCUUCAUGAAGCUUGGUCAGAAAAUUUGUUUUAAUAAUACCUUGGGCUGCACUGGUCAGUUCCUUUGCAUCUCAGCUGAGCAACCUUGGCCUUUCAGGCCCUCUUGUUGAUACAAUGUGGAUUUGUCCAUGUUCAAACAUUUCGUGGGGGCAUCAAUGUCUGUCACAACUAUUACAGGCAGUUAAAAAAACUUAAAACUGGUUGUUAAUUCUGUUUGUAUUGAUUGAUUAAAGAAUUGUUUGUUCAGUCUAAAAAAUCUGUUGGUAUGGAUUAUAAAAGACUUAAAAUGUUAUUGUGAUUAUGAAUUUAGGAGAAAAGAAUGCUAAAAUGG